AUGUUAGAGACUGACUCCGAACCUGAUAUUAGGGGAGAUUUUAGUAUCUCGCUUUCCACUAUCUUAGAACUAUUGGACCCCAUCGCAUCCAAGGUCACAGCAAGUUAUUAUCAGGGACAAACUUAUAUACCGAAUGCUACUACUAUCAAGAAAAAAUUAAAAGCCCAAACUGACAGUCUCAAGUCCUUGACGGAAGAAGAACGAGUUCAAAAAUUGGAAGAAUGGAAAUUGAAGAUAAAGAAUCGAAUGAAGAGACUAGAUAAACCCUUGGAUUCUAUCUUCUUCAAGAAUAGUUCAAGAUUGGAAAAGGCAUUCUAUCCAUUUACUUUAUUCAACAUUUUCUUUAUUGGGUUUAUUAUGGGGAAGUUUCCUGAAUGGUUCCACAUAUAUUAUACUAUUCUAUUAUUCAUGUUGAUGCCCGUUAGAUUUUACACAUAUUACAAGAUCAAUAGUCAUUAUUACAUGGCUGAUCUUUGUUAUUUUGUUAAUUUCCUAUGUUUACUGUUUAUUUGGCAAUUCCCGGACUCGGUAAAUCUUUUCCAAUCCUGUUUUGCCUUUACCUUUGGUUCGUUAGCUUUUGCUGUUAUUACUUGGAGAAAUUCAUUAGUGUUGCACUCUAUCGAUAAGACCACUUCAUGUUUUAUUCAUAUUAUGCCCCCUACAACGAUGUACGUCAUAUUUCAUGGACUACCAGAACGAUACAAAUUGGAAAGAUUUCCAGGUGCUUCCACAGCCAGGAAUUCCAUUAAUCUUAAGAGUAAUAUAUUAUGGACAUCACUGUAUUAUCUAAUAUGGCAAUUGUCUUACCAUUAUUUUAUCACUAUGAGAAAAUCAUCCAAGAUUAAAUCAGGACAAAGAAUGACAAGUUUUGAAUAUUUGACUACACAUCAAUUUAAAGAUUUUUGGGCUGUUAAAUUACGUGCCCCAUGGCCCAUGAUCAUUUACAUCGUCUUGCAAUAUUGUUAUCAGUUAUUUACUAUGCUUUUAUGUGGUAUCUGGCUACGUUACAAAAUCGCCGCAUUAUUUUUCCUAUUGUUUAUCUUCCUUUCAGCCGCUCAUAAUGGUGCUACCUACUAUAUUGAUUACUAUGGUAAAACGUUUAAACACGAAGUGGAUAAGUUACGUAUUGAAGUGGAUAAUUUACAACAACAAUUAAAUGAUAAGAAUAUUCAAUUGGAUUAUUUGCUUGUUGAAAGAGAUAAAGAAUCUGGUGCCGAUUCUGUAUUCAAUAAUAUAAGCGAUAUUAGCAGUAACAUGACAGAUUUCUCGGAAAAUUAA